AUGUCAAAAACAAAAAGAAGGGAAAAUGAUGAUAAUUUUUCUAAUAGGAAAAAGAUGAAACAAUCCAUUGAUGCACCUAUCGGAAUGAAAUCCAAUCCUGAUUUAUUUCCUGAUGAUAUUUGUUAUGAAAUUCUUACCUUUUUGGAUUCUUCAAUGAUUAUACAAAGUUGUUUAUUAAUUUCUCGUAAUUGGCAUGAAGUAAUCAAAAAUAGGGCAAAACUUUCUGUUGAUUUGGAGGUUGAGGAUAAAAUUGUGGAAAAUAUUGUUAAAUCUGGAAUUAUUGGGAAUAUUGUUGAAUUGAAACUUGUUGGGAAUAGUGUUUGUAGAAUUAGGACGAAAGGAGCUCAAUUAAUUUCUCAAAAUUUGACUCAAUUGACCAAUCUUGAUCUGAGUUAUAAUUCAAUUGGAGAUGAAGGAGCUAAACAUAUCAGUACAAUGGCAAACUUGACUAGUUUGAAUAUAUGUAGCAAUCGUAUUGGAUAUUCAGGAUCUUUUUCUGUAUUUGGAAUGAAAAAUUUGAUUUCACUCGAUUUGAGUUAUUCAGCAUUUUCAUUAGAAAAUGAUGAAACAUUUCAGAUGAAUGUUAUUUCACAAUCAAAAACUUUGAAAUCACUUCGUGUAAGAUAUUCUGAUCUUAAUGAUAGAUCUGUAGAGAAAAUUAGUGAAAUUAAACAGUUAACAAAGCUUGAUGUUUCGAAUUGUCCAAAUUUGUCUGUAGUUGGAGUCAAGUUCAUUAGUCAAAUGGAAAAUUUAAAUAAUUUGAAUAUUAGUUGUAAUUAUAUUGGAGAUGAAGGGGCAAAAAUUAUAUCCGAAAUGUCACAAUUAACAGACUUGAAUAUUAGUUAUUCUAAAAUUGGAAACACUGGAGCAAUGUAUAUCAGUCAACUAGGCAAAUUGACCACUUUGAAUAUCAGUACAAAUAAUAUUGGUGCUGAAGGUGCCAAAUCAUUGAGUCACUUAUCUCAGUUAACAGAUCUCAAUAUCAAUGCAAACAAUAUUGAAACUGAAGGCUUUUUAAAUAUAAUUUUAACAAUAUUACCAAGAAUAAAAUGA